GGUAAGAGCUAUAGAAAGAGAGAGAGAGAGAGAGCGAAUAAAAGGCGGGAAGCGACUCUCUCUGUGUUAGCAAUCCCAGAGGCUGGAUUACGGAUGCGAGAGCCGCCACGUGAAUCCAAAGACACGGUUUUCGGUUGCGACAAUGGCCUAUUUAUUUAAACGUAUGUUUAUACAUAACAGAUGUGUCGUCGCUGUUGGCGAAACGAAGUGAAAUCAGCAUGUCCCGGGAUAGUAAACCAGCUCGCCGAUCUCCACACGUGGCAGGAUGAUGACGCACCAAAGCUGACAUUGUAAGAUGAAGAUGCUGAGAGCAGUUGGAAAGGCAUUACAACAGCAAGAAGCAAUAAUAGUAAUGAUGAAUGUCUGCUAGGAAUUGGCUGGAAUCAGUCAGAACAGAUCAAUUUUUAUUUUUUACUUAAUUUAAUUUUUGCCCUUUUUUUUUUUUUUUUUUUUUUUUUUUUGCAUAUUUGAUAUAUUUUUAUAUUGUUUUUAAAAAGAAACAAAAAAAUUUUUUUACCAAUCUUAAAAAAAAAUAACAACAACAAAAACAAGCUUAAAAAGAACUGACUUUCCUGUUGAAAAAUAAACUGCAAAUAUGCUUAAAAGAAAGAAUAAUUGCUCGGCAAACUGCAAAGCGGUUAUUUUGGGCCAACAAAAAUUUUGUACGUUGUGUGAGAAAGAUCAUGGUGAAGAUCUGACCUUUGACCUUGAAACUGUUGGAAAAGGAAAACCUUUUCGCUGCCAGUUUUGCAACCAGGCGUUUUCUGACUCGUGCCUGUUUGUGAAACACAUGGAAUUGCAUCUUGGGAAGAGUCUGUAUCGGUGUGAAUUCUGCGGCACUCUUUUCGGGGAUUUUUUGGAGUUGAUCACUCACCGGAAAGACCAUCUGAUGUUUGCCUGCAACCACUGCGACAAGAGGUUCGGCGAUGAGGAAUCGCGGAAGAAACACGUUAACAGACUUCAUGAGGACCCUCUGAGAGUGAGUAAGAAAAAAUUUUCUCUGAGGAUCGAUGAAAUCCUCCAGAAGAAUACGGCUGUCCUGAAACCAUUCCAUUCCUGUGACAUCUGCUUUGAGAAUUUCCCGCAGUUGUCGCAGCUGCUCAUUCACAAGAAGACGCAUACAAAGGAAAAGCCGCAUAAGUGCAACAUCUGCGGAAAAAGCUUCAAACACGACAAUGUGCUGAAGGUGCAUCAACAAUUGCAUGAACAGCAGUUUGUCUCGGUGAGUGUCUCCGCGGGUGACAGUAAACACGCCAGCACCCUCUGCAACCAAAACCUCUCUCAUAACCGCAAGACUGCGCCGCAGCAAACUCAGAUGCAAGCAAAAGAGAAACCCAAAGCCACUGCUCUCAAAGAGAACUCCGACUCCAAACCAAUCCCAGUGCUGUUGGCAACACAGUUGGGUCCAACAGGUGUUGCUCUUUCAGAGCAUACGGAACCAGCCAUAAAAAAACGGGGCCCUGUUAUAGAGAAUCUAACACCAGCUCAUCUGGGAGCCAAAACUGUGUAUUUACUUAGUAAACCGCAGACUCAGUUGAACUCGGCAAUAAAUAUUUGUCCGCCAUCUCCUCUGCUGAACAUACAGCGAAAUUCAGUCAUUCAACAGGUAAGGCAUGACAGACCAGUGCUUGUUGCCGGUCAGAAUGUUCCGGUGAAGAUUCUGAAAUCACCAGAGAAGGUCGAUUCAGCAGGGUUUCUAAGCAAUGGUGUUUCGCUUGAGAAGAAGCAACAACAACUCGGAGCGGUCGCUGUGUCCGAUCCUAAGAACAACAUUUCUACACCAAAAGUCAAUGGCAAAAGUAACAAUGGGGUCGUCAGUCCAGUGGUUAUGGAGAAUUACCUGAUUUUGAAAUUGCCGUCGACAGAGACGAACCCCUUAAAGAUACCAAAUUACGGUGCCAUUGUGCAAUCUCAUCCAUGCAGUGUUGCUUCACCUGUUGUGACGGCACCAACACAGACAGCAGAAGCGAUGGAAAUCAGCAUCGCAGACUCUACAAGUCUUCAUCUCAAUAACAGCAUUAAUUAUUCCGAGAUGAAAACGAAAGCCUGCAAAACCAAAUCUGAUCGAGAACCAGAUUGUAAUAAAAGUUCCAAUCUGGGCCCAAAUCUAGAAAGGGAUCAAGAAGAGCAGCCUCUAUCCCUUGUAAAAUCAGAACCAGCUGAAAAUACUGAAGACAAAGGUUUUGAGAACUUUGCCAAAGACACUGGCAAAAUAGAAUCUAUGUCUGCCUCUGUUGAGAUGUCGUCUCAAGUUGUGAUGCAUAGUGAAACACCUUCUCGGAAUGGUGAGGAGAACAAACUUGAAGCCGCAGUGAAAGCUGACGUUGAAGUGGAACAGUGGAUUAAGCGGGAAAGAGAUUCUUCGGAUUAUGAAAUGGUUGUGGAAUCUGAUGCUGUCCCCGAGAGACGUGAAGUCGUGCCGCAGUCCUCCGUGAAACGAGAACUAGCAGAACGUGCACCGGUUGAAGAACGAGGGGAAACGAGGAAUGAUUUCGUGUUGGCGGUGAAACAGGAAGUUGAAAAUGAAGCGAGUUCUCCAAGAAUUCCUGAAGGCAGAGUAAUUGAUGCUGCAGAGAAAAGUCAAACAAUGAUGCUGGUUGAAGACAAACCGGGGGAAAAUGCAAAACAGGAAAAAGGAAACGAUGGUAAAAAUGAACAGAAAGAAGGAGAAGAAAAUAAAGACGGUAGGGAACAUCUCUGUAUACAUUGUGGGAAGAAUCAUAGCAAAGCUCUGGUUGAGUUCCUUGCACAAAGUCCCAAAGACAAGCCAUUCAAGUGCCAAAUCUGUGGGGAUAUAUUCUCCAUUGGGUGUCUUUUCAUUAGACACAUAAACAGCCAUGAAGAGGUAGAGGGCAGCAUCCUGUACCAAUGUGAAGUCUGUGGCAACAUCUUUGAGCAGUUUCUCUCUCUGUUCUCGCAUCGGCAAGCAAAACACCACCGUUUGUCAAACUACAACUGUACCCAGUGUCGGCGGGCGUUUCUCUGUGAGUCUGACUUGAAACGUCACAGGCGACUGGUACACUUUGUCGAGAAGGCCUUCGUCUGUGACUAUUGUUGUAGGUCCUUCUCGCAGAAAUGCAACCUCGUGUUUCAUCGGCGCACGCACACGGGCGAACAGCCUUACGGUUGCGACCACUGUGGCAAGCGAUUUGCUCGACCGGGCAACCUCAGCAUUCACCUGCGCACACAUAACAUGGUAUCGAAACUGAAAAUGCACAGAUGCAACACGUGCGACAAGCCGUUCAAGACACGACAACAACUCAAGUUUCAUGCCCAACUGAUGCACCACAACUACCACGAUGACUAUCAAGACCGUAACCAUGACAACCGCAGUGGUAGAGGCAGCAGUGGAGGUAGUGGCAGUGGCAGCGGCAGCAGCAGUAGAGGUGGUGGCAGCAGCAGUGACAUGCCGUUUAAGUGCGACAUUUGUGGUGAUAGUUACUCGAAUUGCAAGGAUUUGAAGGAACAUGUACAACUGCACCAGUCAGGAGACAAACAGACUUACAGAUGCAACAGUUGCGGCAGGCAGUUCUUGCACUCCUAUAUGCUACUCCGGCACAAACUCUCGCACAAGGGCCGAUACUGUCAGUCGGCUAAAGUCCAGUCCUCUCGGACGGCACCACAACCAUGAAUGUUGAGAGAGGACCCACCCCACUGCUCCAGUCUCCAUUCCCACCUUAUUUUAAAAAAAUGUGGGGGCACGGCCCCUCCUUCCAUCAAUGCUGAUGUCUCACCCCCACCAAUCACUAAAUGUGUGAAAGAAAUAGAAACAGAUGGAUCUGCCUCCAUGUGACCGUUCACUGUUCUCAAAAUAGCUACAGAAUUUUCCUCAAAAUCAAACACUUGCCAUCAAGAAAAUGUAAACUCACAUUAGACAAUGUAGUCCUAGAUACUCUUUUAUUUGUUUUAGCCAUGUGGCUGUGGUCAUGCUGGAGCACUACUGUGCUAUGUCUGAAUAAAAGAACAAUCAGAUGGUCACAGCUGAAACAACUGUCUUUCAUUGUAGGUCCACUGGAUGGGGACUGACCUAGGGUUAAAUAACAGGGAAGGGCACAUUGGAUAAUGUAGUCCUAGAUAUACUUUCUAUCAUGGUUCUGGUGGAUCAACACUGACCUGCUGCUGAACAACGAUAUCAACAUCAGCAACAACAAAGAAGGACACAUCAGAUGAUGUAAUCCUAGAUACACUAUGCCUGAAUAAAAGGCAGGAUGGUCACAGAUCAUAGCUGUGGGGGAUCAGGGCUGAACUGAGGCUAAACAAUAACAACCAAAGCCGUCCAGAACUGAAAUAAUUAUUAACGUGGAAUGAUAUGGGGUUGUUUUUGUUGUUGUUUAGCCCUAGGUCAGUCCUGAUCCACUAAACCUAUGAUCAAAGACGUUCAAGGACUACAUUAUCUAAUGUGUCCUCCCUAGCACUUUUUGUUUAGCCCAAGGUCAGCCCUGUUGGGGCUGGUCCAAUAGAUCUAUGUCCAAAGGUGCUCCGGCUGUGACCAUCCUGUCUUUUAUUCAGACAUCGUGUAUCUAGGACUACAUUAUCUAAUGUGUCCUCCCUAGCACUUUUUGUUUAGCCCAAGGUCAGCCCUGUUGGGGCUGGACCAAUAGAUCUAUGUCCAAAGGUGCUCCAGCUAUGGCCAUCCUGUCUUCUAUUCAGACAUCGUGUAUCUAGGACUACAUUAUCUAAUGUGUCCUUCCAUGUUCUUUAACUCUAUGUCAGCUUUGAUCCAGUAGGCCUAUGAUCAAAGAUGUUCCAGCCAUGACCAUCCUGUCUUCUAUUC